GCAGGAUGUGUUUGCUUACAAUUCACUUUGCUCUAUUGAGGGUAUUUAAAAAGUGUGGAAUGGGAGUUCGUCUUUUCUCUGUUCUUCCAUCUCGCCUGGUCAUUUCUCAGUUCCCAGCCUCGCAAGGCUGGUUUUUCUAGCUGAAAAACACAGGAUAUCCGAGAACGAGUGAGAGAAAUCCAACCAUGAUUUGGACUUCAUUUCCCAGAAUUUGACACAGUAGGACUAGCGGAUGGCUGGGAUGCAUCGCUUUGGCCCACUGCUUAUGCAGCAUUUGGACCAACUCCUGGAGUUUGGCAAUUUCAACAGCAACAUUGAAGAAGAAUAUCUCCAGAUUGCCAAGUGUCUGGAGGAGAUGCGCCAGCGAUGCUGCCGGCUGGAUCAUGAUUUGCAGAAGGCAAGGCAGCAGUUACGCCAAUCGGAAUCUGAGUUUUCUGUGCUGGAGGUGAAGUUGAAACAUGCCAGGAACCAAGUAGAGGUGGAAAUGAAGAAAAGACGUUGGGCAGAAGCUGAGCUGGAAAAGCAGGAAUGCAAGUUGCAGCUUAUCUAUGACUACCUCAUGGCAGACCCACAGAUCGCCCCCCUCACUGAAGAUAAACAUGCAGACCUGGCCAUUGUGGAGAGGCUGUGUUUCAGCCGCAGUAACCUACUGCCUAGAAAACAGGGAAUGUGUGCAAUAGAAGAAUCUGGUACCUCAAUUCUAUCUGACAUCAGUUUUGACCACUCAGAUGAGGAAGUGGAUAUGAAGAUGAUCAGAUCUGUCAAAAGUAAAAACAGAGUGCGUUUCUCCCUGGCUCCCCUGGUUCAGCCAGCAGUAGCAGCCAAACACUCACAGCAUUCUGGUGCAUUUACUAACAACGUGAAGGAAUUACCUCUGGUGACCUCAAGAUCUAGAGCCAUUGGUGGGAGAAGAAGCCUUGCCCACGGUUUAUCAUCCAGCUCUGUAGUAUCCCAUUGUCAAUCCCAGCUGAACUGUUCGAUUUCCACACACCCAGAGCCCACUUCUAUCUGGAAUAGCACUGAUGAAUCUGGUAGGCAAAAUAGCCAAGUUGGAAGCAAGACCAUUGGAUCUACCUCCGGGGGAACUAUUGGUGCCUCCAUUCAUUCAUCAGGAAUGCCACUGCUUCAGCAACAUCAAUUUGCUUCCAAAAGGGUAUUUCGUCCAGACUGUUGUGCCGUUUGCAAAUUCCACCUACGCUUUGGGACGAUGGCGCUUAAAUGUCAUUCGUGUCAGCUUCUAAUGCAUCCAGAGUGCAAAGAACAUUGUCCCUCGCGGUGUGUGCCAGGUGCCCACUCCCCAGUGAAAGAGGGUAUACUAGCUGAUUUUGCGCCUUCCAAGCCACCUCUGGUACCCCCCAUUGUGGUUCAGUGUGUGGUUCAAAUAGAGAAACAUGGCCUGCAAGAGGCUGGAUUGUACAGAGUGCCAGGGGCAGAAGCCCUUGUGCGUGAAUGGAAGGACAAACUGCUCUCUGCCCGAGGAGCUCUUCCUUCCCUCGACCUUGUGGCUGAUGUGCAUGUGAUCUGUGGCAUCCUCAAGAGUUUCCUGAGGAAUCUGAAAGAGCCUUUGGUUACCUUUUGCCUGCACUCUGCCUUCCUGAAGGCAGCAGAAAUUCUGGAUGAAUCUGCCUGCCAUACCGAACUCUGCCGUGUUGUCAUGAAGUUGCCCAUGACUAAUAGAGACACACUAGCAUUUCUCAUGCUCCAUCUGCAUAGGGUCAUGCAGAGCCCUGAUUGUCGAAUGGACUGCCAUAACUUGGCACGUAUCUUUGGACCAACACUAGUUGGACACAGCACUCCGAGCCCCAGCCCACAUGCCAUUAUGGAAGACACCCCACGCCAGUGCCUGGCCGUCUCCCAUCUCCUAGCAUUGCCACUCAAAUUUUGGAAACAUUUUAUAGAAGAAGAGCAAGAAAACCUUGUCCCAUCAGUACAUCAGCCCAUUGUAAUGAAUAAGCAAGAGGCCAGCACUGUCCAGUUGAGUCCAGGAAACAGCUGCUUUCCCAACAAGCUUCUUAAGUGCAUGGGCACAACUUUGCCACUUUUGGAUGUCCCCCGGGCCAAAAAGAUGGGGAGAUUCUUACCGUUUCCAAAAUAAGGAGCUACUCAAGGUGGCCAUUUAUUCUGAUUGCUAAUGAAGGGUGUGUUCAUCACUUGGUGAUUGCAUCUUUCUUGCCUUGCACUCUCCAGCAAGCCUCCUUCAAGCCGAGUUCCCAAGUUCAGAAAUAUUUAAUCACCCAUCAUUAUAUCUUAAUAGUGGAGGACUUUUGAUCUCCUUCCUGAAGAACAUCAUGGUUCCAUUUUUUCCAUAACUAGGGAUUGACAAAAGAGUGGAGUGAAUCCUUGACUAUCAUUCUACUGAUCUCUCCAUUGUGGAUUUGUGGGUGAAUUGAAGAUGUUCAGAUCUGUUUUUUUUAUCAAUUUACUUAUAGCAAUCAGCAGAUUCAAUAGGUGGAAUCUGGUGAACAAAAAUAUGCUCAAUUUUGUACAUUUUGGUCCUAUUAUCAUAUCUUUAUAGCAGAAUUUGAUAAUAUUAUUUGGUGUUGGGAAUGUGGAUGAAGAGAGAAAAAUUAGUGAUCCUUGUAAACUGAAGGCAAGAAAUUUUUUGAAGGCACAGCUUUUUCAGAGAAAGAUCAGUUUUAUUGCAGAUUUGUGCUAGCAACUAAUCUUGGACAAAAGGAAGCAUUUGACUCUCUUUAGAAUAAGUAGAUUUUCUUUUCAGGGGAUAUGCUGUAGAAAAAUAAAAAUGCUAAUGCUCAUGAACGAUGGGGGAUGUCUGGGAAGAAUAUCAAAAUCCACAGUUGAGCAAUAUAUUUUCUUUGGAGCAACAAGGGUGCAUAAUAUGUCCUCAGAUUUUCUAGUACUCUUAAUCCUGUGUUACAAAAGCAGGGAAUAAGGAAAACAAUCUGAAAAUAGAAUUAUCUCCCAAUUAUUGCACAAGUCUCAGCUGGGGACAUCAGGAAAUGACUGGGCUUCAGAUCAAAUAGGGAACUGGAAAAACGUUAUCAUGGCAAAUCCAUAUUGUUGAUGAUAUGGAAUAUGAAAAUUUUGUGGGAUUAAUCUAGCCAAGAACUGAGCUAAACUAGACCUUAUUGUAGGGGCCUUAUUGGAAUAAGCAUCAGAGGACAUCUUAUGUACAAUGGGAUAAAGCAGCCAUUUCUGAAAACUAAAAUCAGACAGGACCUUCAAACUGAAUUUUGCCUUGGAUUAAAUGCAUAUCCUUCAGGCUAGCCCAGGAUGUCAAUCUUGAAAGAGCAAUUAAUUUGAGGUACUGUAUGGCAUUAAGAUAAAGCCACUAAUUUCAAAUCUCAUGACUACAGUUGUUAUAUGAGAGCUUUUCUGCUAUUGCCCCAAAUGAUGCGAAAAGAAGUCUGGAGAACUCAAAAAGUGUUCACUGAAGCCAUUCUUCAGUUAUGGAUUAUUUAUAGAUUAUUCUCCUUUAAAGAAAGGCUUUUGGACGUUAUGCAGGUACAUACCUGCCCAGGAGACUGAAAUAAUCAUAGUUUAUAUUCUUUAUAGACAAUUUAUAUAUUCUUUAUAGACAACUCUUGAGUGUUGCUAUUGUCACUCAUUGCAUGCUCAACUCUCUCCAUAGGAGUAGGGCCGACCCAAAUGUGCCUUAGCAGUGGUAUUGAACUGAUAACUAGACUCCAGUCCACACCUUCAUAAUUUCACCUUUUAUUAGCCAGAAAGUUCUCUCCAUCUAAAUGCUUUAAGGGCUGUUUAGUCCUGCUUCUCAUAUGCUUGAAGAGUGCCUCUGUGCAGCGCUCACACCUCCAGCAGUAAGAUUUAGGCUUGUUGGUCUUGCCUCACUGUAGUUUAGGAAAUAAGCAGGGGUUAAGCCAAAAUGGUUUAGGAAAAGGAGUGGAUUGGGACAGUACUAAAUUGGAGAAGAUUUAAAAGGGUCCUUCAGGAUUACAGGUAAUCUUUGACUUGCAACUGGUCACAUCAUGACUGAAGUUACAACAGACUUCCUCAGGGUUACUUACAACCCAGUUCCAAAGUUCUGGUGAUUGCCCUCCCGAUGGUCAUACAACUAUUUUGGACAUUUGGAAAAUGGCCCAUAUUUAUGGGCAUUUGCAGUGUCCUGCAGUCACAUGGCCACAAUUUAUGAUGUUUUUGCCAAAAACCAGCAUUUAGUUCCAGUUUUCAGCAAAAAUGCACCAUAGUGAACCAUGGGUUUACUUAACAACCAUGGUGUUUGCUUGAUGGCCAGUGCAAAAACAAAAUUGUAAAAUCAAGUUGGUCACAUGAUGACCUAUUUUACAACCAUCACGAUUCACAACAGUAAUUGGCAGGCUCCAUUAGUCAUAAGUCAAGGACUAUCUAUAUCAAAGCUAAAUCUCCUGUAGUAGCAUUCCAGGCAGACAGCCAUUUGUCCUUGCUUAAAUCACCAAGCGCCACUUGCUAGAAAAUGGAAGUAUGAUUUAUAUAAAAGGGGUAUCCGUGUGAAAGAUUUUUCC